UAGAUCUGUAAAAUAUGCAUAUUUAGAGCAUUUACAGUACACUCAAUAUGUGUACUUCUGUCCACAUGCGCAUGUGCUCCAGGGUGCCCGUGUGAAUAAUGCAAGCAGGCUCGUACCAACGUCUUUGGCCUGCUGCUGCUGCUGCUGUUCUACUUCCACAUAAACUGAUCUGGGUUCAGAACCCGUGGCUGGUGCCACCAUGCUCUGGCGGGUGUAGCACUGUCCCAGGACCAGUCAUUGUUGCGGAACGCCUGGUAACCGGAGAGCAACUCUUCGAACAAAAAGAGCUGAUCGUGUGUCCCACAAGGAAGAGAGGAGCUGAAGAGGAAACAUGGAUGGCUUGGAGGAAAAAUGGAGGUUUACGACACAUCACACGAUCCGAUGCCAUCACCUCUCUCUGUAGACUAUAGCAUCGCCGCACAGGUGGCUGCGAGGCGUUAAAUGUUAACCGCGUAGUCGACGCCCGUCCCAGGGUCCAACAAGACCAAAGGUCUGCAGAUUUGUGAACUCCUUCUCGGAGAGAGAUAAGCUCCUCUCUGGGUUCCAGCUUCCUGUCUCAGCGGGCUGAAGCCUGGUCGGGCUGCGGAAGACACACUUGGAACCGGCGGGCGGUGGAUUUUUUUUAUUUGACCUCACGUCGCCGCCGAUGAAGGCCGCCAUGGACAAACACGUCACCCACAUUUCCAGAGAGGACCUGGAAGAGCUCCGAGAGGCGUUCAACAAAAUCGACAUCGAUAACAGCGGCUAUGUGAGCGACUUUGAGCUUCAGGAGCUCUUCCGGGAGGCCAGCUUCUCUCUGCCAGGGUACCAAGUGCGGGAGAUCAUCGAGACAUUCGUCGCCGGGGACACAAAUAAGGACGAGAAGAUCAGCUUUGAGGAGUUUGUCUCUAUCUACCAGGAGCUGAAGAGCAAAAAGUUCAGCGAGACCUUCCGGAAGUCCAUCACAAGGAGAGAUGGCAUCCGUUCUUUUGGAGGGAUGUCGGGAAUAUCCAGCGUGGGAACGCAGCAUUCCUACUCAGACGAGGAGAAGGUGGCGUUUGUCAACUGGAUCAACAAAGCGCUGGCCAAAGAUCCUGACUGCCGGCAUCUGCUGCCCAUGAAUCCUGACGACGAAAGCCUCUUCACCUCCGUCCGUGAUGGCAUCCUGCUUUGCAAAAUGAUCAACCUGUCUCAGCCUGACACCAUCGACGAGAGAGUCAUCAACACCAAGAAGCUCACCACCUUCACAAUGACUGAAAAUCUGGUCCUCGCACUGAACUCCGCCUCGGCCAUCGGCUGCACGGUGGUGAACAUCGACGCCCUUGAUCUGAUGGUUGGGAAACCCCAUCUGGUUCUGGGAUUAUUCUGGCAAAUCAUCAAAGUUGGCCUCUUUGCUGAAAUCGAAAUCAGCAGGAACGAAGGCAUGAUUUGCCUCCUGACAGAGGGAGAAAGCCUGGACCAUCUGAUGUCUCUCUCUCCCGAGGAUUUGCUGCUCCGCUGGGUCAACUAUCACCUGCACAACGCCGGCACAAAACCCAUCAGCAACUUCAGCGAGGACAUCAAGGACUCUCGAGCUUACUUCUACCUGCUGGACCAGAUUGCUCCCCAUGGAGAGCACGACUACAGGAGCGUCAAGAUUGACAUGAGCGGACUGAAUGAGCGGGACUUGAACCAAAGGGCCGAGCUGAUGCUGCGUCAGGCGGCCCGUCUGGAUUGCAGGCAGUUUGUGAGCCCUCAAGACGUCACGUCCGGGAACAGCAAACUCAACUUGGCCUUCGUGGCCAACCUGUUCAACUCGCACCCGGCUCUGCAGAGGUCGCAGGUCAACGGCAUGGAGGCCGCUCAUCUCGAGCCCGAGAGCAGAGAAGAGAAGACCUUCCGCAACUGGAUCAACUCUCUGGGUGUGAAUCCAUACGUGAACCACAUGUACCAUGACCUUUGCGACGGCCUGGUGAUCCUGCAGCUCUACGAGAAAGUCAACGUUCCCGUCAACUGGAAGAAAGUCAACCAGCCGCCUUACCCCGCCCUGGGGGCAAACAUGAAGAAGCUGGAAAACUGCAACUACGCCGUGGGCCUGGGCAGGAACGUGGCUCACUUCUCUCUCGUUGGCAUCGGCGGGGAGAAUUUGAACGAGGGAAGCCCCAUGCACACCUUGGCGCUGGUUUGGCAGCUCAUGAGGAGAUACACAAUGCUGGUGUUGUCAGACCUGGGUGAUGGAGAGAAAGUUGGAGAGCAGAUCAUCCUCAACUGGGUCAACAACACCCUGAGCCAAAAACACAAGGAUACUCAGAUCAGCAGCUUCAAGGACCUCGACAUCAGCACCAGCCUGCCGGUGAUCGACCUGAUCGACGCCAUCGCUCCGGGUACGGUCAAGUGGGACAUGGUGAAGAGACCAGAGAGAGGAGUGCUGAAGAAUGCCGACAAAGUCAACAAUGCCAAAUACGCAAUCUCAUUGGCUCGCAAGAUCGGAGCUCGCGUCUACGCUCUUCCAGAUGACUUGGUGGAGGUGAACCCCAAGAUGGUGUUGACGUUGUUCGCCUGCCUCAUGGGCUACGGUUUAAAAAAGGCACACCGCUGAACCCACCCAGAAACAUCUACUGAGAUACAUUUCCUCUCAAUUUGCCAUUUCUGCUUUGAUUUAUUUGAAUAGUUAUAAAAAACAAACAUAAACCUACACUGCAUUAUUAAAAUCAUGUCUCAUCCAUAUUUUUUCAUUUUUCAUUCCUGUAAUUUGAUGACAAUAUUUGUGAUUGUUUUUUUUGUCAGUUUUAUUUACUGUAAUUUGAAUUUGAAUUUUACAACAGUGUUUAUUUACUUGAACAUGGGCAGAUAAGACAAAAGCAGAUUUAGACUUUUGCUGGUGAAGCAUUAUGUCCUUAAG